AUGAAGAUUAAAGUGCUCUCGCGAUCGGAAGAGCAGUUCACGCGCGAGCGGAAGCAAGAUGUGACAAAAGUGCACCGCAAUCUCGACCCAGCGCUACACCCUUUGGAGAAAGCGAAGGAGUAUCAGCGCGCGCUCAACGCCGUGAAGCUAGACAAGGUGUUCGCCAAGCCGUUCAUGGGCGCGCUCGGUAGCCACGCGGACGGCGUCUCCGCCAUGGCCAGGAGCCCUGUCAGGCUCAACUGCGUGGUUUCCGCUUCAAUGGACGGAGAUGUGCGCCUAUGGGACGUCCCUUACAAGCGCACGCUGUGCCGAUUUGUGGGGCACAGCAGGGCAGUGAGGGGCGUGGCGAUCUCAGCAGAUGGGGAGACCAUGCUGUCAUGCGGCGAUGACUGCACGGUGCGCCUGUGGCAGCUACCAGCGCAGGAGAUCAAGGAGCUGGGGGUGGCAGGGGGGGACGUGGAGCACGAGGCGGUCGCCACCUUCCAAGGGAAAAACGCCUUCAGAGCAGUGGACCAUAAAUGGAAGGGGCGGGUGUUUGCGACAGCAGGAGCGCAGGUGGAUGUGUGGGAGCACAGUCGCUCGGACCCCAUAGCCACGUUCACAUGGGGCGCUGACUCCGUCUAUUCUGUUCGCUUCAACCCCGCCGAGCCCGAUGUGUUCGCCACCACCGGCAGUGAUCGCAGCAUUUGCCUCUACGACCUGCGCAUGUCCACGCCAUUGAGAAAAGUGAUCAUGCAGACCAAGACGAACUCGCUGGCAUGGAACCCACGUGAACCCCUAAACUUCACUGCGGGUAAUGAGAACGGCAGCUGCUACUCAUAUGACAUGCGCAACCUCAGCACCGCCUCACUCGUGCAUAAGGACCAUGUAUCUGCUGUCAUGGACAUUGACUAUUCGCCAACAGGGAGGGAGUUUGUCACAGGAUCGUACGACAGAACUGUGCGAAUAUUCCCGUAUGACGGCAUCAAGAGCCGGGAGGUGUACCAUACCAAGCGCAUGCAACGGGUGUUCUGUGUGCGGUUCAGCGGUGAUGGCUCGUACGUGCUGUCAGGCAGUGACGAUGCCAACAUCCGCCUCUGGAAGGCGCAGGCCUCGCAGCAACUCGGUGUGCAGGUGAAGAGGGAGAAGCGCAAGGCGGAGUACAACGCAGCGCUGGUGGAGAGGCACCAACACCUGCCUGAGAUUCGCCGCAUCCACAAGCAUCGGCACGUGCCGCGGCCCAUUCACAAUGCCAUCAAGCUGCGGGCCACGAUGGUGGCAGCAGAGAAGCGCAAGGAGGAGAACCGGCAGCGGUUCAAGAAGAAGAGCAAGGGCCGCCUACCCCUGCUUUUCUCAGGUAACACCUCCCCCUGUUGUGCUCAGGUAACACCUCCCCUUGCUGUGAGAAGGAGAAUAGGAGAAGAUGCUUCAGCCGUGCAGAGCUGUGAGCACCCCUUUCAGGUGUGUGAAGCAGGGGAGGCAGGCAGAGCGGUGGUGGCGACGAGGCGGAUAGCGGAGGGGGAAGUGGUGCUGGCAACCACUCCUGUUGUGUCACACCCCACAUUGGAACAAGUUGGCAAGGUGUGCUACUUGUGUCUGGGGCCGCUGGCAGCAAAGCGAGAGCACCACACGCACAGCGAUGGAGGGGGGAGGGGGGAUGAGCGAGGUGACUAUAACGAGCGGCUGUUCUGCAGUAAAACGUGUGCUGACGUGGCAUGGAAUGACUUCUAUGCUGUGGAGAGUGCAGCUGAUUGGUCCAACCUGCAUCAACACUGUAGAGUCCACUCCCUCCGCUUCCCUCUUGUGGCAAAGCGUCUCGCCUGCAUGGUGCUAGCAGGCACUGCGUCUGCCAAUGUGCUCCAACCGCUGUGCCAUGUCACAGAGAGCGGAGUAGCUGCCAUGCCUGCUGUGUGGCAGCAGGAACAUGCAUACAUGCACUCAGCGCUCUCCUCUCUCCUCACAGCAACACAGGCAUCACAGGCAGCAGGGCAGGGCACAGUCCGCUCCCUUUCAUUCUUCACCCCUCGCUGGUACGCCUCUCUCCUAGCGCGUCUGCAUCUCAACGCCUUCCGCGUCGCGCCACUGCUCUCAGUCACCACAGCAGCAGCAGCUGACCACUCUCUCUUCGAUUCAACCACUCCAGAGCGCAUCUCGCUCUCCUCGGCUGAACUCUUCCGAGCGGCGAGUGCAGCAGUGACGGGGGACGAGGCGGUCGGCACGGGCGUGUACCUCCUUGCUUCUUUCUUCAACCACGACUGCGGUGAGUGCUCUCUGAUUGAUGCUGCGUGCUCAAGCAUCAAGCAGAGCAUACAGACACAGACACCGGGGUCUACCUCCUCGCUUCUUUCUUCAACCACGACUGCGUGCGAACCUACUCUUGUGGUGCCUCAACUCUCCUCAGCAGCACUCUUCCGAGCGGCGAGUGCAGCAGUGGCGGGGGAUGAGGCAGUCGGGACGGGGGUUUAUCUCCUUCCUUCUUUUUGCAACCAUGACUGCGGUGCGUGCGUGCGCUCUGCUGCCUUUUGA